AUCCAACUCACCGUUGUAAAGUCGAGGUCCAACGGAGGACUCGUUUGCGAUUUGAAAAGUAGACCCGACGCGACGGCCGUUAAUUCUUAAUUUUUUUGCUCGCGCUAAACAAUUAACGACUUGUUUAUUCGAACUACAAGAGUGAGCCGCAAAAGUAAUUGUUGAUUUUUUCCAUUCACAGUGCGAUUUACGUAUAAUCAACGACAUAGUCGUGAUAACAUUCGUACUUUAAUAAAGAAAUGAGCGUAAUGGAAUCGAAAAUAACGGAACCAAUGAUGGAAAGCAACAUAUUCGUUUUACUCAAUAAAUUCUGUACAGAAACUAAUGAAUACAUUGCGAUAUACCGUCUAAGUUAUAUCGCAAACGCGUUGGCAGAGUCUAGCGAUUUCUACAAUCAUUGUCUUGCUUGGUUUUGCUUCGAACAGUACUAUCUUUAUUUCCAAGGCACUGAUUUACUUGUGCAUUUAAUAAUUUUGGCUGUAGAUGCGCUUGAGAAGGACAGGAUAUUGUUAACGUCGAUUCAUGCCAAAUUAGAGAAAGAAAAAAGUUCGCUGAAAAAUCACGGUCAAGUUCAUUAUUUCCAGCGGCGAGCUAGCGACUUAUUGAUUCACCAACGCGAGCUGUACGAAAUGCUGUGCAGGCAAUUCAUGGUGGUGAUGUCGCAGCUCGAGGGAAGCCCUUAUCAUUACAUAGAGUAUGAUAAUGUAGCUCCACCAAACUCUGAAUAUGAUUCGGACUUGAGCUCCAAACAGUCGCAGGAAGAGAUUCAGCCACUUAAUUUGUCAAAAAAGGAAGAUUCCUCAGAACGGAAGUAUGAACCUGAUUCGAAAGAGUAUUUUGCACAGGCAUCGGAUAAAAUUAAGAAGAGGAAGCCGAUGAAACAGGUUAGAGUUCGGAAGUAUAAAUGUUAUCCGAAAGAGUAUUUAGCUCAGGCAUUGCAUGAAAUUAAGAUGGGGAAGCCCGUGCCCCAGGUUAUAAAGCAAUAUACUGAAAUUCCCUCGCGUACAAUAUACGAAAGGUCGAAGAAAGCUCGCGAACAAGCGAUCAAACAAUUGUGAAUUGUUUUACUUUAAUUUUCAAGACGAUUUAAACAUCUUAACGUAUUCGUCAUUUACGUAUUUACGUAUCUAAUCAUUCAGUACAUAGAUGCUGUGUACGUGUACAAUUACUCCUGUAUCAAUGAGAUAUUUGUUUACAUGAUCGUACACGCGGAACUUAUUCAUUGUAUUAAAUUUCGAAUUUCAAUGUUGGCUUGUGAAAUCUUUUAUAAACAAGACUUUGUAAUGUAAUGAGAAUUUGACAUAAAACUUAAGUUUAGAUGCCAAUCAUCCGACGACAAAUAAUCUCUAGCAUCGUAACAGGGUCAACUUUUCCAUAAACACAGUAAUAGAAUUAUAAUCGUUACGAACGCGAUUGAUAAUUGCAUUAUUAUGCUUUCUAGCGAUUUUAUAUUCUGUUACUAAGACUUUUAUAAUGUAAUGACAAUUGUAAUUAAUUGGAAUUAAAAAGGGGGUUAUUUUAACCAACAUUUUAACUCGCAUAAGAAAACAAAAUUUUAUAUGUAUCGAGGAAAAUAAAAAUGAAUGAAAUUCGA